CAAAGUUAGGUUUACUUUUGUCUCUUUGUCUUUGUUUAUUUCAAUCCAAAACUUUACACCUUGUUCUUAACUCUUUAUUUCUAUUCACCUUAUUUUUUGGAAUGGAUAGAAAUGAUUUUAACUCCGAUAAAGUUACAAUAAGAGUUAAAAUAUCGGAUGAUGAUUACCUUGAUAUGCUUUUUGAUUGGUCAAAGAUCCAUACAUAUGAUGUGGAUAAAUCAAUAUUUGAACAGCUUUCAGCGUUCACAGGGAUACAAAUUGAAGCAGUAAGAGGGAUGGGUUUGAGGAAUCCCGGUCCGAUAGAUGAUCCGCAGACGUCCACAAGUAUUUCAAACCCGUGCUUUAAUAAACCAUGGUUUCAAAGGUUACGGUUAGGUUAUCGUGUACGUGACUAUCCAGAGCUAUUUUCGAUGAGGGAUGGUGAUUGCUAUCGACUACAUGUCCCGACAGCAUUUGUUCCUGAUUUGACCUGCAUUUUCGUUACCUAUGAAUUAUUGCAUCAAGAUUUGGUUGAUGAAACUGAAUGUAACGAAUUCUUUUGCCAUUCAAAAGGUAGCAGAGUCUUUUUGGAUAAAUUAGCGAAAGUGGUUAAUUCUGAUAUCGAUUCAUAUCUGAAUAAUUUACCUGAUCGUCCAGGACCUAAUGUUAUACCAGGCACUCAAGUCCUGAAUUAUGAUGAAGAAUGGCAGGAUAGAUAUGAUUUGAAAGUACAGGAAAUAUGUAGGGAUCUGAAUAUUGGACAAUAUUUGCUACCUUAUUGUCCUGCAAGUGUUGGUUACGAUAUAUUACCACAAAGACGCUUUCCUCGUCUCUAUUGUAGGAAUCGAGGUUGAUCGACUCUGAUUGAUGAACCAAAUUUUGAAUUCAUUUUAAUAAAUAUGCGAUAAUUUCCGUCAAUUUAAUCGAA